CACCUCUAGGAAACCGUUACGUCACGUCAAUCAGCUGUUGCUGGACGCAAAAUUGUUUCGCCGGAAUAUAAUGAACUUCUUGAAAAAGUUGGUGCCCCAGGUGGCUGCGGAGGUGCAGCAGCUCAGCCGGUCAAGUAUCCACACAAGCGCCGUGUGCUGUCGCGUGCAAUCAGGGCGAUACCGCAUAACCACAAAGCGAAACAGGGCGCUCACCUACGAGAUGGCCAAUCCUCCGCAUUUUAUUGGCCACCGCAAGUCCUGGAACUCUUGGAACACAUCAACGCUAAAGGAUGCCCAACGUCCGUCCCAGACCGCCAUCGAGGAUGUAUUCAUCCGGAAGUUCGUCACUGGCACCUGGCACGCCCUUGUCUGCUCUGAAAUCAUCAUCAAGCGACAGCACAACUCCAUUCGGAUUGCGGCCCUCAUCAGGCAGGCGAUCACCCCGCGUAAAAUGUAUUUCCUCAUCGGUUAUACGGAGGAGCUGCUCUCCUACUGGAUGCAGUGCCCCGUGACGCUGGAACUGCAGACGGUGGGUGACAAAAAGGACGUGGUCUUCAAAUACAUUUAGUUGCUUUGGUUCCUUAUAUGUCCGAUAUAAAAAUGUUGUAGAAUUA